AUGACCAAGUACGCCAAAGACCAGCCCGUCGGCUUCAAAAACGCCAUUGAGAGAAUCGCCAUUGUCGGUGCCGGAGGCACCAUUGGAUCACGCAUCGUCGCCGCCCUCCUUGAAACCGGAAAACACACAGUCACGGCCCUUUCCCGCAAAGACAGCAGCAACAAACUCCCCGAGGGCGUCCUCGUCGUCCCAGUUGACUAUGACGACGAGGCCACCAUCAUCGCUGCCCUUAAGGACCAGCAAUUUUUGAUCAUCACUAUGGCUCCCACUGCGCCCCGGGACACCCACAGCAAGCUCGUCCAGGCGGCCGCCAAGGCUGGUGUUCCCUACGUCAUGCCCAACGGGUACGCCGGCGACAUUGACAACAUCAAACUCGGAGAGGAGACGAUGUUGGGCCCCGUGGGCAAGGCCAACAGGGACGAGAUUGAGAGGCUCGGCAUGCAGUGGAUCACUGUGUGUUGUGGCUUCUGGUACGAUUACAGCCUGGCAGGUGGUGAAGCGCGCUUUGGAUUCGACUUUGACAAGCGCUCCCUGACAAUCUACGAUGAUGGCAACACUAAGAGCUCAACUUCGACAUUGUCGCAGGUUGGGCGUGCCGUGGCCAAAGUUCUGAGCCUCAAGGAGCUUCCCGAUGAUGAGAACGACAAGAGUCUUACUCUAACUGGGUUUUUCAACAAGGGCGUGUACGUUAAGAGCUUUGUGGUCAGCCAGAACGACAUAUUUGAGAGCGUUAAGCGUGUCACGGGAACCACUGAUGCUGACUGGACGGUUACCCACGAGGCCACCAAGAAGCGAUACGAGGACGGUCUGGCGCAAGUUAGAGGUGGUAACAUGGCUGGCUUUAGCAAGAUGCUGUAUGCCAGGGCGUUUUAUCCAGAUGGUUCGAGUGACUUCUCGGCUAAGGCGCAGAAUGAGCUGCUUGGAUUGUCGGAUGAAAGCCUGGAUGAGUCUACCAAGGCUGGGGUUGAUAUGGUCAAGGAUCUGCAGUGUCGUGCCGAGCGUAUGGCGGCCUAG